UCCGUCGAACGCGUCGCGCGUUGGGGUGUCGCCGUCGCGGGGUUGUACGCUGCGCGAGUGGAGUAAAUCGAGGCAGAGCGGCGCGAUAACACACGCGCGCGCUAUCGCGCGCGUGCUAAGCGAGAGCGAGCGUGUCCGGACUCCCUCGAGAGACCUGGUGUUAAUAUGUAUUGCGCGUCUGUGGCGACGACGAAGACUUGCCGCGCGGCGAGGAAGAACCGAGUCCCGAAUCGUGCUCGCGGCGAGCCGCUACAACGGUGGACGUAGCGUCGUGACAACCGCUCUCGGGAGAAGGAAGGGAAAAAAAAAAAACUGAGAAAAAGAGAGAGAGACAAAGGUGCGACGGCCAGGGAGCGUGAAUGGAGACGAUCGCCGCGACGGACGUUCCGUUGCGAAUAGCAGCAGGAAGCGUUCCCGUUGUCGCGACGACGGAGAGCGUCCGUUCAGAUCUACCAACAAUCGGACAUUUAGACGAGAAUGCGCACCCCUGCUGAGACUGAGACCCUGGCCCAACCCGAAAUGUACAAUCUGGAAACUGAAGAAACGGGAACGUCCGCGGACGUCAACAGAGUGGUUUUAUCGUCUCCCCAUCCAGAGACUCAUAUAUUUACUAACAGCAUGCUAUGCAUCCAAGAGGAACUGGCUCAGCUGAGUGAAAUCGCGGGAAGCCCCGAACGGCUAAUCACUGAACUACGUGAGGUUCAAUUGCCCAAUAGUAAUCAUCUCAAUUUCGCGAGUAACUCCAACGAUGCCGCGACAAAAUGCGCUCCCGAAUCGGAAAGCAUCGAUUCUCAACGAUCAAGUUGGGUCGAAGGCAUCCUGGGAUGCAUGCGCCCAGUUUGGACCAUGCUAUCGAAGGCUGCUAUUAAUGAAAAAAUCAAGGGUCUUUCAAUAGACGAUUGGGAGAUACCUUUCGAAGCAAUCAGCGAGCUACAAUGGCUCGGAUCUGGAGCUCAAGGUGCAGUAUUUAGUGGUAAAUUAAAUAAGGAAAUAGUAGCUGUUAAAAAGGUAAAGGAACCGAAAGAGACUGACAUACGCCAUUUGCGGAAACUCAAUCAUCCGAAUAUUGUACACUUCAAAGGAGUAUGUACAAAACCUCCUUGCUAUUGCAUAAUAAUGGAAUUUUGUCCAUUUGGACCAUUAUAUGACCUUCUAAGAGCUGGAGAACCGGUUCCUCCUGCUAGAUUGGUGUCAUGGUCAAAACAAAUUGCUGCAGGAAUGGCGUACCUUCAUGCUCACAAAAUUAUACACAGAGAUCUCAAAAGUCCAAAUGUUCUAAUAGGACAAGGGGAAAUAGUGAAGAUCAGUGAUUUCGGCACGAGUAGACAGUGGAAUGAGAUUAGCACAAAAAUGACUUUUGCUGGUACGGUGGCAUGGAUGGCGCCAGAGGUAAUCAGGAACGAGCCAUGCUCAGAAAAAGUAGACAUAUGGUCGUACGGCGUCGUACUAUGGGAAUUAUUGAGCGGCGAAAUACCUUACAAAGACGUGGAUUCCUCCGCUGUUAUGUGGGGAGUGGGCAGCAAUUCUCUUCAUUUACCUAUUCCUACCAGUUGUCCGGAGGGAUAUGGGUUACUGGUUAAGCAGUGUUGGUCGGCCAAACCACGUAACAGACCUUCCUUUAAACUUAUUGAGAUGCAUCUUGCUAUCGCAGCUGUUGAUGUACUUUCUACGGAGCCCGAAAAUUAUUUUAAGGCACAGCAAUCUUGGAAGAAGGAAAUACAGGAACACAUGCAGCACAUGCCACUAUUUACUAAUACCGAUCCGCGUUUCGAAGCUGAACUAAUUCGACGAAGAAAGGAUGAAUUACGACACGCUCAGGAUGUCAGGGAACACUAUGAGCGCAAACUUGAACGCACUAACAACUUAUACUUGGAACUGAACGCUAUUUUACUACAAUUAGAAUUACGCGAGCGAGAUGUGAUAAAACGACGCAGUAUCGCUUUGCAUAAUCGCUUUGCGCUUACAAGACAGAUAGCACAAGACUGCAACCAAACUCGCACAUUUGGAACAUUUGGAAAUAAAUGUCUGGUUUGUCUCAGGAGAGAACAACAAUCAACAGGAUACAAGCAGUACAAGAAACGUCUUGUCCGUCCUUUAUUGAAGGCCCAGGAGAGACUAUAUCGCAGACGGAAUGGCACAGUACAAUUCUCUACUUCUUCGACGCCUACUACUCCUCCUUCGCCGACGGAUUCACCACAGAGCCCUGUUAAAGCUACCAUGUACACGCAGCUGAAUGAAUCCAAUCAGCCGGAAACUGUUUUAGCAUCAAACAAUAGCUUCAAACAACGUAAAUACAGGCAUCGUAGAGUCGGUUCGGGUUGUGGUGUGAGUUCCAGUCCUAGAUCGAGUCCUCAUCGUGAGAGAAAGAGUGUAGAGGUACCUGCCAGAUUCGUUGAUAGCCACACACAAACGGACAUCCUGGACAUCAGUGAAACGGAUCACAUCUCGAUAGCGAACGUAGCGCUUUCUUUAACAGAAAAAUCCUCUUUAGAUCUCGUCAGAAGACUUUCAUUGAACAAGCAAGUGACGGAAUGCUUAAACGGGAAUCCAAUUUUGCCGGAAACGCACUAUCCAAUGCAAACUAGUUCAUGCUCCAGUCCUGAACAUUUAAAUGAAAAUAACGCCAAUGGAAACGAACGUUUGAAGGAUUGUAGCGAUGACGACAAUCUUGAAACUCUCGGCAGAAAAGUCAGCGAAAUUAUUAAUGCGAAUCGUCUUAUCAUUGACAAUGGAAAUGGCGAUGAUGUCAUAAUCUCCCAUAGUAGAAAUAAAGAAGAUUCAGGCAAAUUAUCUGGGCACUAUGUAGAACAAUCCGAUAAAAUACGAGCUUCUUCGGAUAAUACGGAUGAUCACGAAGACGAUGCUUGUGAAGAAAGCUGGUCAGAUGAAGAGGGAGAAGAUCCAAGCUAUACUUAUAAUUACUCCUUAAGACGAAGAAGUAUCGCAAGAAGGCCAAUCGGUCCUGGAUGCAGAUUACGAAGAUCUAAACUAAUAACACCUGGCAGAAUACAGGGGGCAUUAGCUUCUGAUGAGGAAAAUACUUCUGAAUAUUCGCAUCCUCCGUCCAGUCAGACUUCCACCUUAGAAAGUAAUCCGGAUGUUCAAAGAGUUCUUCGUAAUAUACAUCAUUCCCAAAAAAGAAAAGAAAUAGACGACGUUUCUGACACAUCGAGUCAAUCGGAAACGGAUGAAGUCAGUGAAGUUACAAUUGCAUCUCAACCGGCGAGUGGAUCUAUGAAGAUGGAAAGCCGAAUAUAG